UCAGAUCCUCUUGGUGCAGUGAUCCUCUAGUGAUUCUUUAUGGCGCGACACCUGUCUCACUAAUGGAUUACUCCUUCAUAAAAACGACGUCGUUUUGGUGGAGGAACCCCCAAAAAAAUAUUCUUGGGUUUUCCAGUUUGAAUGCGGCGGAGUGAAAGAAAAAAAGAAGAGAGAAAAAGGGCUGGGGAAGAGCUUCACGGCGCCGCUCGCCGCCCUAUCGAAGCACUCGGUAUUGGAAAUGGAAAAUCUGUUUCAAAAUAACAUGAGUUUAGUGAUCAAACUCGUAUAUCAUACAUAAAUUUCUAAAUCUACAUAUACAUAACAAAGAUCUGCAAAUACAAAUCAAAGCAAAAAAGAUUCUAAAAAGAAAAAGUAAGAGAAAUCACAGACAGAGAGAGUAGAGGAGUUGAAGAGCAGAACUAAACCAAACCUUGAAGAAUAGCUUCAUCGGCGACGGCGACGGCGACGGCGACGGCUUCGGCUUCCUUCUUCCUCAACCCAUCCUCUCUCUCUCUCAAGUUUGUGUUGGUACUAUUGAACAUCUGAAACUCAGAUUUUUUUUUUCUCGUCUCCCUCGAAACGACGUCAUUUUGGUAAGGAUUGAUCUCAGCCUUUGGCUCUAUUAGUGGGACAAGUGUCACGCGAUAAAGGAUCGCGAGGAUCACUGCACCAGGAUCUGAACGCAAUAUAUAAAUCGAUCUCUUUUACCGAACGUGAUUAAAGAGAUUGUGAAUUCAGAACCCCAUACCGUGUCUGCUGUGAUCGGAAACAACUGAUCAACCUCUUCGGAUUAUUAAUGGUUAUAUAGAUUACAAUUCACAGAUCGUAGCAAAUCGAAUAUAAUCAAUCAACUCUUUUGAACCGGGCGAGGAUUGCGAAAAUCUGUUGAUUAUAUAUACAUUCACACAGAAGCAUAUAAGGAAAUUGUGGGCAUUUAUGUGUUGUUGAUGACGAAGGGAGGUUGGAUCUGAAACCCUAAAACAAUCGGCAUGAAACUAGACAAAAUCGUGCAUCAGUCGGAGGUAAUUGCUCGUGAUUCUGAUCAAUAUCACCAGAUCUUUGUGGCAUAUUCUUGAUUUUCCAAUCUUUUCGGACUUCGUUGUGUUUGGACUUGAAAAUCUUGUUUCUUACCUAAAGGACCGUGAAUUUAGGGGUUUUUUUUUUUUGGUUCUAGAGAAUAUUACUUUCGCUUUUUCAGGUUCCAAAAGGAGAUACUGAUACCAUUUCUUGGAUCUUGAAACUGAGAACUAGCUGAAUAAUUCAUUGCAUCGUAAUUUUUUCGGAGGAAUUUGAUUGUAUAUUUGGGAUGUUCACUACUUUCACUUUAUAUUGAUUUCUUGAGGUAUUUGAACCAAGUGAAUGGUUGAAUUCUUGAAAGGCAAGUGAAGCCUCUUUGCAGCUUACUAGUUGUUCAGUAUAUCAUAUACAUUUUGCUUAAACAUGCACGCGAGGCAUCGAAAUCCUGGAAAUGGGUAUAGGUCUAGUUCUAUGGGAAUGGGUGGUGGUGUGUCUGCAGCCUCUCGGAUAUCACCAGAAAGUUCGAUUAGAGGUCAUGGCAUGUAUAAUUCAGAGUACCGGAACUAUAAUCGUGGUUUUGGGCGCGGUCAGCCAAAACCAUACCAAGCGCGGCAGCCUCCACCACCACGUAGAGCUGACAUUUUUACAGAGGCAGGUCGUCUGGCGACCGAAUAUUUGGUUUCUAAGGGGUUGCUGCCCCCAAAUGUACUUUCAGGGAAGUGGCAAAAUGGUAGUUUGAAGAAUCAGAUAGGGGAUUUUCAGGGUUUUAGGCAGCAAGAAGCGGAGGAUGGUUUGCAGCUUCCUCUAGAGGGCCGCACUUCGGCUCUUGCUCGUUUGGGGAAUGUUUCUGAUGCAGCGCCUAGUCGGAGACGGUUUAAUGAUGAAUGUAACCCAACUGGGUCAAGAAGUUUUACGAGAGGUAGGAGUAUGGGAUCCUUCAAAAAUUAUGGCUCCGAUUGGGGACGAGAAACGGGAAAGAGCGGGUCAUGGUCUGAUAAAGCUAGGGCUUACCCAAAUAUGGAAGGUGGGGAUGAUUCUUUGUCUGGAUCUCAGGAUGAGCAGCAAGUUGGUAAUGGGGUGCAGAAGUCCCACAUGAGUGAAUUAGCACCUAAAAGUGAUGGUGCUGGUGAUUUAGAUUAUGCAGUUGAGAAAUUUGAGUUGCAGGAUGACAUGGGUACAAAGGCAAGUUCUUUUAUUGGGAAAGAUCUCUCGCCUGAAACUGAUGUGGAACUCACUAAAAGGUCUGAUGAUAUGAAACUCCUAAAUGAGGAGAAUGUUGAGAUGAAGGAUGCCACUAGAAAUGAUCAGGUAGUGAAACAAAGUGCCAUGGAGGAUGUACCCAUUCAACAUUGGCUUGAUAUGCCUACCAAAACCCGUUCUUCCUUGACAAUGAGGGGUUCAAAAAUUGAUCCUGUUCCAGUUACUGAUGAGGAAAACAAUUGUAAUAUGGGACAAGAGGGAAACAAUUAUGAUAUGGGACCUUCAAUGGGAUCUGAAGUCCCUGUUGAAGAUGUUUCAGUUGAUGAUCGCUCAGUUGAUGCACCAUCAAAUUCAAUUCAACCUUCAAAAUGCCUUGAUUCUGAUGUUGUGAAUGAGCCACCUCCAAUGGGAUCUGAAGUCCCCAUUGAAGAAGAUGUUUCUGUUGAUGACUCCUCAGUUGAUGUGCCUUCAAAUCCAAUCCAGAUUUCAAAAUGCCUUGAUUCUGAUAUUGUGAACGAGCCACCUUUUAUUUCUGCAGAGAACGAUGGAGAAUUAGGUCCCGUGUAUGUGGAUCAAGGAAAAUGCACACGGUCUCAAUCUUUUCCAGACAGAUCUUUCAUGAAUGAGCAAGAUUCAAGUGAGGUGCUACCUGGGAUUGGAAGGUGCAGCUCCAUGAUUAUGGAAAGAGGUGAGAAACGAGCCAUUCAACACAUUGAUAUUAGGGACAGGGAGGGAAUUAAGAAACCUAGAGAAUGGGUUCCCGUGUUAGUUACACAGCCUGAUGAAAAGUUGCACCUCUCUAAGUUGAAUGGAAAGCAACUGACUUUACAAGAAGGAAGGAGUUCAACUGGUAAGGAAGUGACCUUGUCCACGGAACAAGAGAGAUCGGUGGAUAUAUCUCUGUAUCAGAGAGGCGGUGUUGGACAAUGCGUUGAGUAUGCUGAAGAGAAACAACUUUUUCCGGGUUCAUUUAAGAUUUGUGAUCUUAAUCUUAUGGAAGCGUCUGAAGUGAAUGAGAACGUUGAUCGUGUUCGUGAUCCAAUUCUCUUUUUCCCAUCUAUUCCAGAGAGCAAAAAAGAAGCCACACCAGUGGAUGUUGAUUUGUCCAUAAGUAACAACGGCAAUAUAUCUGGUAAAUAUGGUAACCGCUGUGCUGAUGGGAAAGAGGUUGAGGUGAUUGAUUUGGAAAGUGAUUCUCUACAAGAAGACAUGGCCUUCAAUAAUUCAGAUAGGAAGGCAGAAGCUGUAUUUACAGGCUUGGAGAGCUUUCCUAAUCAUGCACAGAAUACGAAUGUCAUGUCUGAUGUUCAGGAUGGUUAUGGGCUUAUGAUUUCGGAGUUAAUCGGAACUGAAAUAUCCAAUUGUUCUUCUGUACCAGCAGACAUUAGUUCUCUGCACAAUGAGAUGACCCUUAAUAAUGGAGAGGGGAUUCUUGGCGAUGAUGAAUCAAUAUAUAUGUCCCUGGGAGAAAUACCAAUAAGUUUUGUGCAUGUUUGGGAUCAAACAACACAGGAAUAUGAGAAGCCCUUUUAAACUACCAUUUACCCAGCCAUUGCUGAAAUCUGUCCCGUGGAGUUGGUAUGCUUUAUAUUAAUAGUCAUGGUUCCUUGGCUGCAAUCUUUAGCUCUAUAUUAGUGCAACAUUAUUUUGUUUUUCAUGUUUGAUUUCACUUCUAAUGGAUUCAAGAAAAUGUGAUUCCUUUUCAGUGUUUCAAAAACGUUUGAGUGCUUUUUCUUGUUUUUCUUGCUGUUGCUUCUCAUAGUCAUAUGAGAAAUUAUUAAAAUUAGUUGAUAAGAGUAGUUGUUAAAUGGUUUA